GCAGGGCCGCCCGGGGCGGGACCCGCAGAGCCAGGCGGCCGGGCGGCAGGGCGGAGCCCGCAGGCCGCGCCACGCCAGCGUCAUGGCAGCCGAGCGGCGCGCCAAGGCCGACACCCUGGCCCUGCGCCGGCGGCUCCUCAGCGCUUCCUGCAGACUCUUUUUUCCUGAGGAUCCUAUUAAGAUGGUCCGAGGCCAGGGACAGUACAUGUAUGACGAGCAGGGCGCGGAGUACCUCGAUUGCAUCAACAAUGUGGCUCACGUGGGGCACUGCCACCCUCUCGUGGUCCAAGCUGCACACGAACAGAACCAGGUGCUCAACACCAACAGCCGAUACCUGCACGACAACAUUGUGGAGUACGCGCAGCGGCUGGCACAGACCCUGCCGGAUGAGCUCUGUGUGUUUUAUUUCCUGAAUUCUGGGUCGGAAGCCAAUGACCUGGCCCUGAGGCUGGCCCGCCAGUACACGGGACACCAGGACGUGGUGGUGCUGGACCACGCCUACCACGGGCACCUGAGCUCUCUGGUUGACAUCAGCCCCUACAAGUUCCGGCACCUGGACGGCCAGAAGGAGUGGGUCCAUGUGGCACCUCUCCCAGACACCUACCGGGGCCUGUACCGGGAAGACCACCCCAGCCCGGCCGUGGCCUAUGCCAGUGAAGUAGAACGUGUGGUCAGCAGGGCGCAGGCGCAGGGCAGGAAGAUUGCGGCCUUCUUUGCCGAGUCUCUGCCCAGCGUAGCAGGACAGAUCGUGCCCCCUGCCGGCUACUUCUCCCAGGUGGCAGGGCACAUCCGCAAGGCCGGAGGGCUGUUUGUCGCCGACGAGAUCCAGGUUGGCUUCGGCCGGGUGGGCAAGCACUUCUGGGCCUUCCAGCUGCAGGGGGAGGACUUUGUGCCCGACAUCGUCACCAUGGGCAAGUCUAUUGGCAAUGGGCAUCCCAUUGCCUGUGUGGCCACGACACAAGCCGUGGCAAGGGCUUUUGAGGCCACUGGCGUCGAGUACUUCAACACGUUUGGGGGCAGCCCAGUGUCCUGUGCCGUGGGGCUGGCUGUCCUAGACGUCUUGGAGAAGGAGCAGCUCCAGGCCCAUGCCACUUGUGUGGGAAGCUUCUUGAUGGACCUCCUCAGGCAGCAAAAAGCCAAACAUGCAAUCAUUGGAGACAUCAGGGGUGCUGGGCUUUUCAUUGGCGUGGAUCUCAUCAAAGAUAAAGCCACACGGACACCAGCAACUGAAGAGGCAGACUACUUGGUAUCCAGGCUCAAGGAGAACUACAUACUGUUGAGCACAGAUGGCCCUGGGAAGAAUGUCUUGAAGUUCAAGCCCCCGAUGUGCUUUAGCUUGGACAAUGCACAGCACCUGGUAGCAAAGCUGGAUGCCAUUCUUACAGACAUGGAAGAGACGCUGAGAAGCUGUGAGUCGCUGAGGCUCUAGGCAAGCCAGCCUUACCAGGCGGGUCCUCCAGGUGAGCAGCCUUGCUGGAAGCAUCCCUCCCCACCAGUGAGCACCUCAGCGAGCACGGGCAUUUCCAUUCCGAGCCUUGGCCCUUCCCAGGUUUGCUUCUUCCGCACUGGGAGGCUUCAAACUUCACUGGACAUUGUCCGCACCCCCACCAGGAAAUCUCCCACCACACUGAAGUCUGCAUUUGCCGAUGGGACAAAAGGGCAGGAGCAGCCAUUUCCUCCCUCGGCAACUCCGAGGAGUGGGUGAAGCAGUGUCCACGUGGGCCGCGUCAAGCCUUCGCUACCAGACUU